UUUAUUUGUAGUCUGUUUAUGUGGAGCGUCCACCAAUUUCACAGCAGUGAAAUGAAGCUGUGUAAAGUCACAGCAACACUGCUGCACCUGAUACACUCAUACCCUGUCAACACACUGCCUGAUCCGCCUUACUGCUGUAUAUAAUAUCAUAACCGAGACUGUACAUGGUAACACAGUGCAUACAAAGCACACCUGUAUGUCCAUGGAGAAUAGUAGACGACUGCGGGGGUGCUUUCACAAUGGGAGCCAUCGGUGGCGGGAUUUUUCAGUCCGUCAAAGGCUUCCGAAAUGCACCUGUGGGUGCAAGACAUCGACUGAAAGGCAGCGCGAAUGCCGUGCGCAUCAGAGCUCCACAGAUUGGAGGUAGUUUUGCAGUGUGGGGAGGUCUCUUCUCCACUAUAGACUGCGGCCUGGUGCGGCUCAGGGGGAAAGAGGACCCAUGGAACUCCAUCACCAGCGGAGCCAUGACAGGAGCCAUACUGGCCGCACGCAGUGGACCCUUGGCUAUGGUGGGCUCUGCCAUGAUGGGAGGGGUUCUGCUGGCCAUGAUCGAGGGAGUCGGCAUUUUACUCACCAGAUACACGGCACAACAGUUCCAGAACCCGAAUCCAUUUCUGGAGGAUCCUAGUCAACUUCCUCCAAAAGACGGAGGUCAGGGACAGGAGAGUCGCAGCUACGGACAGUUUCAGUAGAACUGCUACUUUGCCAUUUUGACUGUGACACUACAGACUGGGAAGGAAAACGUUCUGAGGUUUCCAUUAGAGCUUUGGCAGAUUUUUUUCCUGCCUAAAGUCAGUAUAUGCGGUAAUCACUCAGGGGCAUUUUGUCAUAUACACUUUAAUAUUUGUACAGUGAACAGGGAAGUUCCAUCAUUAUUAUUAUUAUUACUAUUAUUAUUAUUAUUAUUAUUAGUUUCUACAAUCACAUGUUUGAAACCAGUUCAACAUUAGUCAUUGCUUGCUUUCUUUCUUUUUUGUAUGUACAGUACAAGCACAGCAACCUCCAGGAUUUUAUUAAUAACUGAAUCAUAGAAUAGCGUUUGAAAUAAUUGAGUAGUCGUCACUUUGAAAAUAUGAAUUGUUUAUUCUGAAACACCUUGGAAUUAGUUUUGUCAAACAUUCAUAUCUGCAAAUUGUUUCUAUUUUGUCACAAGAGAUUCCUCCAACUUCACACUU